AUGAUUUCUACCAUAUUGAAGCAAACAAGACUACCUUUGAUACUGAGGACUAUCAGGCCAAUAAUAUCACAUAGACCAAUAAUUCGUACGAAUAUUCAUCAUUAUAGCGUUUCAUCCCGGUUAAAACCAUCAACUAUUAACUCAUUCACCGAAGAUGCUUUCUCCAAGACAAAACUAGUUAAUGGUGACACUAAAUUUGUUAUGGGUAUAACUGAUAAAGCAUGUAAGAAACUUACACAGAUAGCCGAAGAAGAAGGAGAUCCGGAAUCAUCCAUCCUCAUCAAAGUCGAAAGUGGAGGAUGUCAUGGAUUCCAAUAUGAUAUCAAAUUAACCACUUUAAAAGAAGAAUUAUCCAAUAAUCCUGAAUACUUGGUAUUCGAAAGAACUGGUGACAACGAACAAGCUCGUAUAAUCAUUGAUGAAGGGUCAUUAAAGAUCUUACAGAGGUCAAAGUUAGAUUAUGUAAAAGAAUUAAUUGGAAGUCAAUUCAAAGUCAUAGAUUCUCCUUAUACUUCAUCAUCAUGUGGAUGUGGUAGUUCGUUUGAUUUUGAUUUUGAAAAAUUUGCUAAGGAUCAAGAAACCUUUUAG